GUUUUGUUGCAAUUCAGCGUUUGUAAGUGACCUUAAAACGGAAGGACUUCAGGAACUAGCAGCCUGCAGCUAUGAACACUUGAAGAAGCACUGAACCUGCAUGAUGUCUCCGCUCGCCUGCACAGACACUGCUGCUCAACACUCCAGACAGCUUGCUUUGUAUCCCGACCCCACUCCCAUUCCCUCAUCUCUGGACAACAGCAUCGGUUCUUUCGCACAAGCUAUGCUGCAGCUAGACCUAUUAUGCAGUUCAAGCUCUCAGAUAUUGGAGAGGGCAUUAUGGAGGUGACCGUUAAAGAAUGGUAUGUGAAAGAAGGCGACAAAGUGUCUCAGUUCGACAGCAUCUGUGAAGUCCAGAGUGACAAAGCAUCUGUCACCAUCACCAGCCGUUAUGAUGGAUUCAUCCGGAAACUCUACUAUGAUGUUGAUUCCAUUGCACUUGUAGGCAAACCCCUCGUUGACAUUGAAACGGAGGCAGGUCAAGUGGAGGGUCCUCAGGAGGAUGUGGUGGAGACGCCCGCCGUGUCUCAAGAGGAGCACACGCACCAGGAGAUCAAAGGUCACAAGACUCAGGCAACCCCCGCUGUCAGACGCUUAGCCAUGGAGAACAAUAUUAAAUUAAGCGAAGUCGUCGGCACUGGAAAAGACAGCCGCAUUCUCAAAGAAGACAUCCUGAACUUCAUAGCCAGACAGACGGGGGCCAUCUUACCCCCAGCACCCUUCCAGGAGAUUCGUCCUCCUCCUCCUGCGGCUGUAGCACCUUCAACUCCAGCUGCAAAGCCCAAAGAGAAGACGAGUCCACCUAGUAUACCCACUCCUGUGAUCCCUAAACCAGUUUUCACAGGCAAAGACCACACUGAACCCAUUAAAGGCUUUCAGAAGGCGAUGGUAAAGACCAUGUCAGCAGCCCUGAAGAUCCCUCACUUUGGUUACAAGGAUGAAGUGGAUCUGAGCUUAUUGGUCCGGUUGCGCUCAGAGCUGAAAGGCCUGGCUGAGUCACGAGGAGUGAAGCUCAGCUACAUGCCAUUCUUCAUUAAGGCCGCAUCUCUUGCUCUCCUCCAUUUUCCCAUUCUCAACUCUUCUUUGGAUGAAAACUGCACAAAUAUCACCUACAAGGCUGCUCAUAACAUUGGACUGGCGAUGGAUACCAGUCAAGGACUUCUAGUUCCCAAUGUGAAGAACGUACAGAUGCUCAGUGUCUUUGAAAUCGCGGUGGAGCUCAACCGCCUGCAGACGUUGGGAGCGGCAGGGCAGUUGGGGACCGCCGACCUAACAGGAGGAACGUUCACAAUCUCAAACAUUGGAUCGAUUGGAGGAACCUACGCAAAGCCGGUCAUAUUACCGCCUGAGGUUGCCAUUGGUGCUCUUGGAAAGAUCCAGGUGCUGCCACGGUUCAACCACAAGGGCGAGGUAGUGAAAGCACAUAUCAUGAAUGUGAGCUGGUCUGCCGACCACCGGAUCAUUGACGGAGCAACCAUGUGUCGUUUCUCUAACCUGUGGAUAUCGUACCUGGAAAACCCCGCUUCCAUGGUCCUGGACCUGAAGUAGAAAGCACACUUCCUCCAAGCAUAUCUAGAGUCCGUUUCCCGACACUAAAUAAUAUUUUCGUUACUGGGGCACUGAGCUAUUUGAGCCAUUAGUUUCCAAAGAACAUUUCCACAAUGUCAUAAAGCUAAUAACUGGUGUUUUGUUGUUUUUCUAUCUGUCCUCUUGUUGCCUUACUGACAUCAGGCGUUACUUCUACUAGAACGUAUUGUGAAUUGUUGAAUGUUAGACAAUAUGAACUCGAUGUAGCAAUAUAUAUAUAUAUAUAUAUAUAUAAAAAAAUGUACCUGUGUUUUUGUAUAUAAACUUUCUGAAUACUGUAAAAUCUCUAAUGGUGUUGCACAAGGGUUUUUAAAAUCAGUGAUAUUUGUUAGUGGACAACAUUUAGAAAUAGUCUGGGUUCAUCUUGGGUUCACCCCCCCCCCAAAAGCAAAUAAAAAAAGAAAUUAUAUUCUGUAUAAAGAAAUAUUAUUAUUACUUUUUAAAACCAUUUUCUUGAAGCAAAAUAUAAUUUCUUUUUUCUUCCGUGCUGCUUUUCUCUCCGCUCCAGUGUUUUUAAAGCAAAAUGCAAAUGUGAUUCAAAUGGUGGGAUGUACUGAUGCUUCCUCUUAUCUUCUCUGGUGUGAUGAUUCUUGUUGGAGCAUAAUGUUCUGCCACUCAUGAAUAAUGGGAGUUUCCUCGAGGGAUUGUUGUGUGUGAAUUACAAAGGAAAGUGUUUUAAUAAAUUGUACACUUGAGGAACCGUU